AUGGUGGAUGACAGGUGGGUUUGGUUACUUGAUAGUUUGGAAGAGUAUUUUGUUGCUUCAUCCCAUUCUUUGGUUGAUGGGCACUUGUUACAGACCUCCUCGAUCGCUUCUAGAUGGGUAAAUCUUGUUCCCAUUAAAGUGAAUGUAUUUUCUUGGAAGUUGGUUUUAAACAGAUUUCCUACUCGCUUUACCCUUUCCAAGCGAGGUUUGGAUAUUCCUAGCUUGUGUUGCCCUAUUUGUAACAUUGAAGUGGAAUCGGUAAACCAUUUGUUCUUUCCUUGUUUGUUAGCGGUGGCUCUUUUGGAGAAGACGAUGGGUUGA